UUGCCAGAUUACCCUCUGAAGAUUUGGUAAAGGUGGGUAGUAGAGGACUGGCAGCACUGCAAGUGAAGAACUUCGGAGAGGUGUACAGAAGAGGCAAAAAUGAAAAUAGCCGUCGCUUUCUGCACGAUUGCUGUGGUAGCAUUAUCAGUAAACGCUACCGUCUUCUUCCAGGAGCAGUUUCUGGAUGGAGAUGCUUGGAAGAGUCGCUGGAUGACCUCUGAGCACAAGUCUGACUAUGGCCAGUUAAAACACACUGCUGGAAAUUUCUACGGUGAUGCAGAGAAGGACAAAGGCCUUCAGACCAGCCAAGACGCCCGUUUCUAUGCACUCUCUGCCAGGUUCGAGCCUUUCAGUAACGAGGGUAAGACUCUAGUGAUCCAAUUCUCUGUGAAGCACGAGCAGAAGAUUGACUGUGGCGGUGGCUAUGUGAAGGUGUUCCCCUCCACCCUUGAUCAGGCUGACAUGCAUGGAGAUUCCCAGUACUACAUCAUGUUCGGUCCUGAUAUCUGUGGUUACAGCACCAAGAAGGUUCAUGUCAUCUUCAACUACAAGGGCAAGAAUCACCUCAUCAAGAAGGAAGUCAAGUGCAAGGAUGAUGAACUUACGCACGUGUACACGUUGAUCCUCAACCCAGACCAGACCUACGAAGUGAAGAUCGACAAUGAGAAGGUGGAGUCAGGGUCUCUGGAGGAGGACUGGGACCUUCUUCCCCCUAAAAAGAUCAAGGACCCCGAGGCCAAGAAACCAGAAGACUGGGAUGACCGCCCCAAGAUCGACGAUACUACAGACACCAAGCCUGAGGAUUGGGACAAGGCCGAGAACAUCCCAGAUCCUGAUGCCAAGAAGCCCGAAGACUGGGAUGAAGACAUGGAUGGCGAGUGGGAGCCCCCUAUGAUUCCUAACCCAGAGUACAAGGGAGAAUGGAAACCCAAACAGAUUGACAAUCCUAACUACAAGGGAGCGUGGGUCCACCCUGAAAUGGACAACCCUGAAUAUACUCAAGAUGCUGAGAUCUACAAGUUUGACAGCAUUGGUGUCCUGGGCCUAGACCUGUGGCAGGUUAAGUCCGGCACCAUUUUUGAUAACUUCCUCAUCACAGAUGACGUGAAGGAGGCUGAAGAUUUUGCCAAAGAGACUUGGGGAGUUACAAAGGACCCAGAAAAGGCAAUGAAGGAGGAGCAAGACGAGAAGAAGAGGAAAGAGGAUGACGAGAAAAACAAAGAACAGGACACAGACCGGGAUGAUGACGGUGAGGACGAGGAAGAGGAUGGUGAGGAAGAUGAUGAGGAGACCGAUGAGCCCGACGCCACGGAAACGGAAGAGAACGACCUACCGAAGGACGAGCUCUGAGUGAUAAGAAGGACCUUUCUCCGGCACGCAUCUGCUGCGCUCUUAUGGUUGCCAGGGAAACCACCAAAGCGCAUACCUUCCUGAUUUGCGUAGUGCCAUUAUGGGAUGUGACUUGCUCCCAGUCAUACUUACUUUGUGCAGGGACUGAGGGAGAGUGGCUCAUAUCAGAUGUGAUAAUUUUUUUUCUUCAAUUUUUUUAAUUUUAAAUAUAUUUUUUUUAAUGCCCAUUUCCCCAACCGUUCACUCCACGAUACAUGUGCACACACAAGCUGACCCAGCUAAAAUGCCCCUUUAGAGUUUCAGUUUUACAGAUCAUUCACUCAACCAUUUAUUCUCACUGCACAAGAUAGGAUGAUCAAGCAAUACACAACUAUGGUGUGAUAACCAAUAAAAGAAACUUAAAGUG